CGCAUUACGACACUUCCACACUUGUCACUUAGUAAAUGUCACCUCUAAGGAUUGAGGUGAAAAAAUAAUUUAGGAAAAUUAUUAUCUAAAUUUCGAAUAUACGAUUUUUUUUACGAUUUUUUCAUUUUUUUACCAAUAAAUCCACAAAACAAUCAUGCAACGCUCUGUGUGUAACGUAUUAACAGCUUCUUUAAAGUCAACUUUAAGAUAUAAUCCAAGAAUAUUGGGUACACUGCAAAGUAGACUAUAUUCCAGUACUGAAGAUGCAGAUAUUGUGGUCAUUGGUUCAGGACCAGGGGGUUAUGUUGCGGCUAUUAAGGCAGCACAAUUGGGUAUGAAGACUGUAUGCGUUGAAAAGAAUCCAACAUUGGGUGGAACUUGUCUCAAUGUUGGUUGCAUUCCAUCUAAGGCUUUAUUAAAUAAUUCUCAUUUUUAUCAUAUGGCUCAUACUGGGGAUUUAACUGAAAGAGGAAUUGAAGUUGGUAAUGUUAGCUUAAAUUUGGAUAAAUUAAUGGGACAGAAAACAAAAGCUGUUACUAGUUUAACUGGAGGUAUUGCCCAAUUGUUUAAAAAAAACAAGGUAAACCUUGUUAAGGGACAUGGUAAAAUUACUGGACCCAAUCAAGUUACCGUAGCAAAAGAAGAUGGCUCCAGUGAAGUAGUAAAUACCAAAAAUAUUCUCAUAGCUACUGGAUCUGAGGUUACACCUUUCCCAGGAAUAGAGAUCGAUGAAGAAACUAUUGUUUCAUCAACUGGUGCUUUAUCUCUGAAACAAGUUCCACAAAGAUUGAUAGUUAUAGGAGCCGGUGUAAUUGGUUUGGAAUUGGGUUCGGUAUGGUCUCGAUUGGGAUCCAGUGUAACAGCAAUUGAAUUUUUGCCAUCAAUUGGUGGUGCAGGUAUUGAUGCAGAAGUAGCCAAAUCUCUUCAAAAGAUUCUCACUAAGCAAGGUCUAAAUUUCAAAUUGGGUACCAAAGUUACUGCCGCACAAAAAGAAGGAAGUAUCGUAAAAGUAAACAUUGAAGAUGGAAAAGAUUCUAGCAAAACUGAAGUGCUUGAAUGUGACGUACUAUUGGUGUGUGUAGGUAGAAGGCCGUUUACAGAAGGUUUAGGUUUAGAUGAAAUGGGUAUUGCUAAAGAUCAGAAAGGAAGAAUUCCAGUAAACUCACAUUUCCAAACUGUUGUUCCUAGUAUCUAUGCUAUUGGGGAUUGUAUACAUGGACCUAUGUUAGCACACAAAGCUGAAGAUGAAGGAGUGGCUUGUGUGGAAGGAAUACAAGGAGGACCUGUACAUAUCGACUACAAUUGCGUGCCAUCUGUAAUUUAUACCCAUCCGGAAGUUGGUUGGGUUGGAAAGACUGAAGAAGACCUUAAGAACGAAGGCAUUAGUUACAAAGUAGGAAAAUUCCCGUUCAUGGCAAAUUCUAGAGCAAAAACUAAUGCUGAAACUGAUGGUUUUGUCAAGGUAUUGUCCGAUAAAGCCACUGAUAGAAUUUUAGGCACACAUAUAAUUGGUCCCGGAGCUGGUGAACUUAUCAACGAAGCAGUUUUAGGUCAAGAAUAUGGAGCUUCAAGCGAAGAUAUCGCUAGAGUAUGCCACGCUCACCCAACUUGUUCAGAAGCAUUACGAGAAGCUAAUAUGGCUGCAUAUUGUGGAAAACCUAUAAAUUUCUAAUAUGCAAACACAAUGUCACUUUCAUUUCUUUUGUUUAUGUAUAUAUUUUGUUAAGCCUCACUUAAAAUAUAGAAUAUUUAUUUAUAA